AUGGAUGAAGCCGAGUCUCUUCACGGCAGAGGGAUGGAGGAGGCUCUCCACACUUCAUCCACGGAGACUACUCAGGGAGGUGAGGCCGACAGGUCAUCCAGGGUCAAUCACGAGGAGACUGUGGGUAGGAGGAGAUGCACAGGUGGAGGCGGAGGAGAGGAGACGCAGACGGGAGGAGAAGAAAGGAUGCUCGGUCCAGCAGAAUAUGAGCAGGAGGAUGAAGGGAGGAGGGGGAGUGAUGAUAAACUGCAGCUAGAAGAAGAGUGCAAGCAAAAGGUUCUGGGUGUGCUGAGGGAACUGAGAGUUUUUCACUCAGAGAGAGUGGCAGCAUGGAGAGAGGCCCUCAGAGAGUGUGCCUGCAUGCUCAGUAAGUCUCCACCAGAGGGCGGUGAUCAGCAGGAAGCAUCAACAACAGGAGCUGGUUCAGACUCCUUCAGUGAUACUUUCCAGAGUGUGUCGGAGGACUUUGAGAACCUUAUGCAAAAUCUGAGCAUGAUCGUAACCAAACUGGAAGCAGAAAUUCUCCGUGUGUCAGUUGAAGAAGCCUCAGGUGUGGAUGCGGUGCUUCACAAAACCAGAGACCCAGAAACCUCAGCUCCACCUGAAGACGGCAGAAACCGCCCGAGCCUUCAGGUUCCACUCAUCUCUGACUGUGAACAGGAGGAUGAGGAUGAAAGGGAUCAGAGGAGUCCAUCACCAAACACUGAACAAACAACCGAGACAAGAAUCAGCUGUUCCAGCAAUGUGAAGGACACUGGGGAAGAACUGGAGGUCAAAGGUCAAGUGGGUGAUAAUGAGGAGGGAUGUGUGUCUUCGGUGAGUCAGACGGAUUUACUGAAGGAGACGAACGAGGACGCAGAGAGGACGAAUGUCAAGGUCAAAGAGGAGACAAAGAGCGAGUGGAUCACUGUCGGGCUCACUGGUACAAUGGAGGACGGCCAAUCACACGUACCAGACGCGUGUUUUAUCAGAGCGCCUGUGGGAGCGGCUGAAGUCCUGAGCUGUGAAAUAGCCGACGCCCUGAGCUGCCUCAUGGUGACCGGGGCAGAGGAGCUGGUCAGCAGAGUGAUCAGGGUCAAGGUUCAAGGCCGAGCCAACUUCCACUUCCCUGUGACCUUUGUCGUGCCUUUCUGCGCACGUUACCGGGGCAACUACCGGGAUGUCGCUGUGAAAAUAAUCAACGAGGAGAGGAGGGCGAGUUACGUCACUCCUGCAACGACAGAGGGAACGUAUGGAGGACAGAGGGGCUCAUUUGCAGAAGUGAGGGUCUACGCCUUGGGCCUCUUUGCGGUGGUUUCCUGUCUGAAAAGAGAAAACUACACAGUUCCCAGAAGGGGUCUGUCACUCAAGCUCUCGAUGGACCCCCGCGUUUGUCUCAGCUACCUCCCAGGAGCCUUCGCCGCUCCGGUGAUGGCACAAACAACGAUCCAGCCUGUGGACACCGUCCUCCUGGCGGCCGUCAAGUCCAGAAGUGAGGUCUAUUACCCGGUGGCGUCCACGAGCCCGCUGCUCCACCUCACCCACCCGAGCUCGCAGCCCCUGAGGAGACCCCUCACCGUCACCCUCCCCUGUCCCCCCAACCCGGAGAGAAAGAGGGACGUGAGGGGACGAGGGAAGCAGGCGGAGCGUCCUCUCAGUGGACCUGUUGCUCCAGCUUGGGAUCAACCAGCUUCCAGUAGAGUGAGUGCACUCGGUGCCUCUCUGAAGUCCCCAAAGGAAACGUCCAAAGAGCUGCUGGUGGUUCUGGUGUCGAGGGACAAGCAGUGGAGCGUCCUGGAGAGAGUGAGCGUCAGGAACCUGCAGAACGGCCUGGCCUCCUUCGAGCUGACAGAGAACUGUGACAGGCUGCUGCUGGUCCGUCUCCUCUCCCCCCUGCAGCCCCCCCACCUCACCUCCCUGGCCGAGCGCCUGGAGGAGUCCCUGGGCUGCCACGCCGUCACCGUCGUCCUCCAGUGCCGCAGGGACGAUCCCCACGCCGUCCUAGUGGCGGCGCUGCCCGGCCGGGACCUCAGCUGGGAGCUGAGCAAACUGAGGGCCCAGGGCUACGGGGGCCCCCUAGAGGCCUCGUCCGACAUCUCCAUGUGCGAGGGGGACCAGCUGCUGCUGCGUUUCAGCGGCAACAUCACCUCCACAAGAACUCAAAACCACCCAAAUGACGUCCCACACGAGAGACUCACCUUUCACACCCAGCGCACGAACCACCUCCUGGUGCGUCUGACCGAGGUGGACCCGUUUGGGAACUACAGCUCGCCUCACUACAAGGGGACGGCUAUGUUUUACAAGGUCACCAGAGGUCAGCUGGAGUGGCGAGGGGACGGAGACGCCCCGAUGGACACGAAGCCGCUGGGAGACCCCGUGUGUGCGCUGUCUCUGACUCUACCCAAGAAAGUGCGGAGCGUCAAUCGACCCGUGACGGCGAGGGUGAAGUCAUGUGAGGAGACGGAUUCCCUGUCAGACUCUCUUCUUCUGUGGUUGGCCGGCGAGCUCUCGGAGGAGGAGUUGGCCGAGCUGGUUCUGUCCCUACGUCUCCGCCGCAGCGCUGCUCAGCUGGUGAGGCUCCGGGCCGGGGACAGCCUGACCUCCCAGGCCUUCCAGGUCCUGGCCACCUGGAGGAGGGGGCUGCCCGCCGCCCCCCACCAGCUCAAGGCCUCUCAGCUGGCUCGCUGCUUGGCCAAGAGCGGCCGGCCGGACCUGGCCAGAGAGCUGCUGCUGAGACAGGCCGCAGCCACCAGACAGGAUACACUGACAUAG